AUGGGAGCCGAUGCGCUGACGCAAGUUCUUUCAAAGCGGAAGGCGAAGACGCACCGCGGCAAGAAGAUCUUGAGGGAGCGUGAGCCCAAGGUCUUGGAAGAUGCCAAGACAGCCUUGGUCAUCCGCGGCACAAAGACCUCAAAUGAUAUGACAAACUUUCUCCGGGAGCUGUACCUUCUGCGGUCACCGCUCUCGAUGCUCUACAUGCGGAAACAUGAAGAGCAUCCUUUCGAGGACAGCCACAAGCUCGAACAGCUGUGCAAGAAGUUUGACCACUCCCUCUUCGCCUUCGGAUCCUCCUCCAAGAAGAGGCCUGCGCGGCUCAUCCUUGGGAGGCUCUUCGACGGCCACCUGCUCGACAUGCAGGAGUUUGGCGUGGAGGACUACAAGUCCAUGUCGACUUUUCGCGGGAGCGGAGCCACCGACGCCAUGACGGGUGUGAAGCCGCUCGUGGUAUUCCAGGGCGCUGGCUUUGAGAACGACGAGCACCUUAAGAGGGCCAAGAGCUUGCUCCUGGACUACUUCGGCGGCGGACGGCCGGACAAGGUCUUGCUGCCGGGCUUGGAGAGUGCGAUUGUCUUCACCGUCCUGGACCCGCCGGCUGGUACGCAUUGCACAGAUUGA